AUCUAAGGUGGUAAAGGCCAAUGAUUCUCCAGGCCGCCUCUCCUAGAAAAGUCAUCUUCUCGCGAACCUUUGAAAUUCCUGCCUUCCGAGGCACCUCAAGGGACUCAGACUGACUGCCUCAUUUGUCUUUUUCCUCCUUGCCAAAGUCCCGUUUGCCACCAUGGGGAUGUACCAAGUGAGACGAAGUAGGGGGACCGAGUGGUGACCGGCACGUUGGUUACCGGCUGCUGCCCACCUUGGCACUAGCAAACUUCUAGCAAGAUCGGUACUGAGUACUAAGCAACCUCUACACUUCCCCCUGGCGCCGUUCCAGGGCUGGCGCCACAUUCCCCGGUGGGCGCGCAAUGGCCGGGCCCCCUCCCGCUGCGGACGGGUCUUUUGGUACAUGCAGUCCGAGGUCGCCAUGGAUCGGAUGAAGAAGAUCAAGCGGCAGCUGUCGAUGACACUCCGAGGGGGCCGAGGUGUGGACAAGACCAAUGGUGCCCCCGAACAGAUAGGCCUGGAUGAGAGUGGGGGUGGCGGUGGCAGUGACCUUGGAGAGGUGCCCACUCGUGCCGCUCCUGGGGAACCUCGCUCCGGACGGGGCCCACUCAGCUCUGCACCAGAGAUUGUACAUGAGGACUUGAAGAUGGGGUCUGAUGGGGAGAGUGACCAGGCUUCAGCCACGUCCUCGGAUGAGGUGCAGUCGCCAGUGAGGGUGCGCAUGCGCAACCAUCCCCCACGCAAGAUCUCCACCGAGGACAUCAACAAGCGCCUGUCACUCCCAGCCGACAUCCGGCUGCCUGAGGGCUACCUUGAGAAGUUGACCCUCAACAGCCCCAUCUUCGACAAGCCCCUCAGCCGCCGCCUCCGCCGCGUCAGCUUGUCUGAGAUUGGCUUUGGGAAACUGGAGACGUACAUCAAGCUGGACAAGCUGGGUGAGGGUACCUAUGCCACCGUCUACAAAGGCAAAAGCAAGCUCACAGACAACCUUGUGGCACUCAAGGAGAUCAGACUGGAACACGAAGAAGGGGCUCCCUGCACCGCCAUCCGGGAAGUGUCCCUGCUCAAGGACCUCAAACAUGCCAACAUUGUCACGCUACAUGACAUUAUCCACACGGAGAAGUCCCUCACCCUUGUCUUUGAGUACCUGGACAAGGACCUGAAGCAGUACCUGGAUGACUGUGGGAACGUCAUCAACAUGCACAACGUGAAACUGUUCCUGUUCCAGCUGCUUCGUGGCCUGGCCUACUGCCACCGGCAGAAGGUGCUACACCGAGACCUCAAGCCCCAAAACCUGCUCAUCAACGAGAGAGGAGAACUGAAGCUGGCAGAUUUUGGCCUGGCCCGAGCUAAGUCGAUUCCAACGAAGACCUACUCCAAUGAGGUGGUGACACUGUGGUACCGACCCCCUGACAUUCUGCUUGGGUCCACGGACUACUCUACCCAGAUUGACAUGUGGGGUGUGGGCUGCAUCUUCUAUGAGAUGGCCACAGGCCGGCCCCUCUUCCCAGGCUCCACUGUGGAGGAACAGCUGCACUUCAUCUUCCGCAUCUUGGGAACCCCAACCGAGGAGACGUGGCCAGGCAUUCUAUCCAACGAAGAGUUCAAGACAUACAACUACCCCAAGUAUCGAGCCGAGGCCCUUUUGAGCCAUGCACCCCGGUCCCCUUGUCCUUGCUGUAGACUUGACAGCGAUGGGGCUGACCUCCUCAACAAGCUGCUGCAGUUUGAAGGUCGCAAUCGGAUCUCCGCAGAGGACGCCAUGAAACAUCCAUUCUUCCUCAGUCUGGGGGAGCGGAUCCACAAACUUCCUGACACUACUUCCAUAUUUGCACUAAAGGAGAUCCAGCUACAAAAGGAGGCCAGCCUUCGGUCUUCAUCAAUGCCUGACUCAGGCAGGCCAGCUUUCCGCGUGGUGGACACCGAGUUCUAAGCUGAGUUCUAAGCCACAGACCGAGGCCCCAGCAGGCAGCAGCUGGAGGGAUGCCACUCCCCUCACAGGGCAGCCCCCAGCCGCAUCCUCCUCGCUUGCUGCCUGCCUACCUGCCUGACUCAUGCUCGCCUGCCCACAUGUUCCCGCUGCCUGUCCGAACACCCGACCAUUGGCCUGUCAGCCCACCCAUUGGCCUGUCUGCUGGGUGCUAACAAAGCUCUCAUCGCUCCUUC